CCGGUCCCGUUCCCAAAUCCCAAAUCCCAUUCCUGGUCCCACUCCCCGCCCCGUUCCCGAUCCCAAAUCCCCUUCCCGGUCCCGCUCUGCCCCGUUCCCAAAUCCCAAAUCCCCUUCCUGGUCCCGCUCUGCCCCGUUCCCAAUCCCAGAUCCCAUUCCCGGUCCCGCUCCGCCCCGUUGCCAAAUCCCAAAUCCCAAAUCCCCUUCCCGGUCCCGCUCCGCCCCGUUCCCGAUCCCAGAUCCCAAAUCCCAUUCCCGGUCCCGCUCCGCCCCGUUCCCGAUCCCAAAUCCCCUUCCCGGUCCCGCUCCGCCCCGUUCCCAAAUCCCAAAUCCCAGAUCCCCCUCCCAGUCCCGCUCCGCCCCGUUCCCAAAUCCCAAAUCCCAAAUCCCAUUCCCCGCCUGGCGGGGCCGUCCCGGGGCGGGGCCGGAGACAAAAGGGGAAAAGUUUGCGGGGCAGGGAAGAGAAGGAUCGGGAACUUCGGGAAUCUUUGGGAUCGCGGCAGGCUUUGGGGUCGCCGGGAAACUUUGGGAUCACCGGGAACUUUUGGGAUCGCCGAGAAACCCCCCCGGGAGCCCCCGGGAGCCGAUCCCGGGAUGUGGCGGAGCUGAGCGAGGCCGCGGGCUGUGGCCCCGCCCCCGGGAUGAAGCCCCGCCCCCGGUGCCGCCGCUGGGCCCCGCUGGGGGCGGCCCUGGGCGUCUGCGUCACCCUGGGCUUCAGCCUGGGGCUGCUGGGGGGGCCCCUCCGCCGCAGGCCCGCGGCGGCGCCGGCGGCGUGCCGGCCGCGCUCGCACGUCGUGUUCCUGAAGACGCACAAGACGGGCGGGAGCAGCGUGGUGAACCUGCUGUCGCGAUACGGCGAGUCGCGAGAGCUGCGCUUCGCCCUCCCCCACCGCUACCAGUUCGGCUACCCCGCCCCGUUCCGCGCCGAGCGCGUGCGCGGCUUCAGCCCCGGCGGGCGGAAAUUCGACAUCAUCUGCCACCACAUGCGCUUCCACCUGCCCGAGGUGCAGCGGGUGAUGCCCAACGACUCCUUCUACUUCUCCAUCGUGCGGGACCCGGGCACGCAGGGCGCCUCGGCCUUCUCGUACUUCCGCGCGGCCGCCCCCGCCUUCCGCCGCGCUCCCUCGCUCGACGCCUUCCUGGCCUCGCCCUGGCGCUUCUUCCGCCCGGGCCAGCGCGGCAACCACUACGCGCGCAACCCGCAGUGGUUCGACUUCGGCCUGCCCGAGCCGGCGCGGCCCGAGGAGGUGCCGGCGCUGCUGCGGGGGCUGGAGCGCGUCUUCCCGCUGGUGCUGCUGGCCGAGCGCUUCGACGAGUCGCUGGUGCUGCUGCGGCACCGGCUGUGCUGGCCGCCCGCCGCCGUCGAUCUCUUCCGCCACAACGCCCGCGGCGCGCCCGCCGCCGUGACGGCGGCGCAGCGGCGGCGGCUGCGGGCGUGGAACGCGCUGGACUGGGCGCUCUACUCGCACUUCAACCGCUCCUUCUGGAGCCAGGCCGAGCGCUUCGGCGCCGAGCGGCUGCGGCGGGAGGCGGCCGAGCUGCGGCGGCGGCGGCGGCGGCUGGAGCGGCGCUGCCUGCGCGGCGGCGGCCCCGUGCCCGCCGGAGCCAUCGCCGAGGGGCGGCUGCGGCCGUUCCAGCCGCCCGGCGCCGCCGAGCCCGUGCUGGGCUUCGCGCUGCGCCCGGGGCUGCCGCCCGACGAGCGGCGGCGCUGCGGCCGCCUGGCGCUGCCCGAGCUGCCCUACAAGGACCUGCUGGAGCGGCGCCAGUUCGGCAACGCCAGCGCGGGCACCGCGCCCUGAGCGCGCCCCGGAUCCCCGCGGCUCGGGCUCCCCGGAAAGCUCCAAAAUCCCGGGGAGAUUCCCGGGGAAUUGGGGGUUCUGUGGAGAUUCCCGUGGGAAUUGGGGGUUCUGCGGAGAUUCCCGUGGGAAUUGGGGUUCUGAGGAGAUUCCCGUGGGAAUUGGGGGUUCUGCGGAGAUUCCCGAGGGAAUUGGGGGUACUGAGGAGAUUCCCGAGGGAAUUGGGGGUUCUGUGGAAAUUCCCGUGGGAAUUGGGGGUACUGCGGAGAUUCCCGUGGGAAUUGAGGUUCUGUGGAAAUUCCCGUGGGAAUUGGGGGUUCUGAGGAGAUUCCCGGGGGAAUUGGGGGUUCUGUGGAAAUUCCCGUGGGAAUUGGGGGUUCUGAGGAGAUUCCCGGGGGAAUUGGGGGUUCUGUGGAAAUUCCCGUGGGAAUUGGGGGUUCUGCAGAGAUUCCCGUGGGAAUUGGGGGUUCUGAGGAGAUUCCCGGGGGAAUUGGGGGUUCUGUGGAAAUUCCCGUGGGAAUUGGGGGUUCUGAGGAGAUUCCCGGGGGAAUUGGGGGUUCUGUGGAAAUUCCCGUGGGAAUUGGGGGUUCUGCAGAGAUUCCCGUGGGAAUUGGGGGUUCUGAGGAGAUUCCCGUGGGAAUUGGGGGUUCUGAGGAGAUUCCCGGGGGAAUUGGGGGUUCUGUGGAAAUUCCCGUGGGAAUUGGGGUUCUGCAGAGAUUCCCGUGGGAAUUGGGGGUUCUGUGGAAAUUCCCGUGGGAAUUGGGGGUACUGCGGAGAUUCCCGUGGGAAUUGGGGUUCUGAGGAGAUUCCCGUGGGAAUUGGGGUUCUGAGGAGAUUCCCGUGGGAAUUGGGGGUUCUGUGGAAAUUCCCAUGGGAAUUGGGGGUACUGCGGAGAUUCCCGUGGGAAUUGGGGUUCUGAUGAGAUUCCCGGGGAAUUGGGGGUUCUGCAGAGAUUCCCGUGGGAAUUGGGGGUACUGAGGAUAUUCCCGUGGGAAUUGGGGGUUCUGCAGAGAUUCCCGUGGGAAUUGGGAGUUCUGCAGAGAUUCCCGUGGGAGUUGGGGGUACUGAGGAGAUUCCCGUGGGAAUUGGGGGUUUUUGCAGAAAUUCCCGUGGGAAUUGGGGGUUCUGCAGAGAUUCCCGUGGGAAUUGGGGUUCUGAGGAAAUUCCCGUGGGAAUUGGGGGUUCUGAGGAGAUUCCCGUGGGAAUUGGGGGUUCUGUGGAAAUUCCCGUGGGAAUUGGGGUUUUUACAGUAAUUCCCGUGGGAAUUGGGCGUUUCGGGGCUGGGAUCAUCCCCUGUGACUCAGUUUCCCUUUGGCUGGAGUCUCCCAUGGAUUCGUUCCUUUUUUCCCCAAAAGUUUGGGAUUGGAGCCCCAAAAUUCCAGGAAUUUGGGGAAUUUUCCCAUGGAUCCAAUCCUUUUUUCCAUUCCAGGAAUUUGGGGAAUUUUCCCACAGAUUCAAUCCUUUUUUCCAUUCCAGGAAUUUGGGGAAUUUUCCUAUGGAUCCAAUCCUUUUUUCCAUUCCAGGAAUUUGGGGAGUUUUCCCACAGAUUCAAUCCUUUUUUCCAUUCCUGGAAUUUGGGGAAUUUUCCCAAGGAUUCAAUCCUUUUUUCCCCAAAAGUUUGGGAUCGGAGCCCCAAAAUCCCAGGUGUUUUCCUAUGGAUUCAUCUCCUUUUUUUCCCCAAAAUUCCAAGAAUUUGGGGAAUUUUCCCAUGGAUUCAAUCCUUUUUUCCCCAAAAAUUUGGGAUAGGAGCCCCAAAUCCCAGGGAUUUGGGGACUUUCCCCUAAAAAUUUCAGGAAUUUCCCCCAAAAACUGCCAGGAAUUUGGGGAAUUUUUUGGCAUUCCCCCAUGGAAUAACUUUGUGCCUCGAUUUACCUCCCAAAAUUUGGGACAGAACCCCCAAAAUUCCAGGAAUUUUGGGAAUUUUCCAACGGAACUGCUCCGUGCCUCAGUUUACCCCGGAAGGGUACAAAACACCCCCCGUUUCCAGAAACUUUGGGAAUUUUCUCGUCGGGAAUCUUCCCCAUGCUUCAGUUCCCCCCCCCCCCCCCAGAUUGUGGUACAGGCCCCCAGAAUUCCAGGAAUUUUGGGAAUUUCUCAGUGCAACCACUCCGUGCCUCAGUUUCCUCCGCCCAAAUCGCGGUACAACCCCCCCAGAAUUCCAGGAAUUUUGGGAAUUUUUGCAAUGGAACCACUCCGUGCCUCAGUUUCCCCGCGGAAGGUACAAAAAUCCCGGCGGGAAUUUUUGGGGAUUUGAGGAAUUUUCUCACUCUGGAACCACUCCGUGCCUCAGUUUCCCCUCCCCCGGGACAGGUACGACCCCUCCCGCUCCCCCUUUUUUCCCCCUUAAAUCCCGGCGGGAAUUUUGGGGAAUUGCCGCGUGCUUCGCUUUGCUCUGUACAUAUACCAAUAAACGCGCGCUGAUUGGCUGUGCCGGCUGUCAAUCAUUUAUCUGAAA